AUGGUGGUUCCAGGAUAUAGUGCUGUGGAAUUCCGGCGUAUUUCUCGCAUGCCCACUGAAACAUUUCAGAUAAUUUAUGAGUACAUGAAAGAUUAUGAGGCGUUGGUCAACACUGGUACUGGAGGCAGGGAACCGGUGCCUGUGGAGAAACAGCUUCUUGUGACCCUGUUUUACUUGGGCAAUCAAGAUACAAUUCUCAAAAUUGCUGACCGUUUUAACAUUUCUGAAUCGACGGUCAUCAGUUCCAGGAACAGAGCUAUCAACGCAAUUUUAGUCCAUUUAAAACCAAAGUUUAUUAGUUGGCCUGAUCAAAAUGAAAUUCAAAUAAUCGAAGAUUAUUUUGAGAGAAAUGGGUUCCCAGGUAUUGUUGGAUGCAUAGAUGGUACGCAUAUUGAAAUUCAGGCCCCCAAAGAAAGCCCUAAAUCCUAUGUGAAUCAAAAGGGGUUCCAUUCUCUUCAACUCCAAGCAGUUUGUCGGGAGGACAUGCGCUUUACACACUGUUCCACGGGUUUCCCUGGAAGCUGCCACGAUUCUCGUGUCUUAAAAAAUUCUGAUGUCUGGGAAAAUGGUAAUUAUUUGUGUGGAAAUUAUCACAUUGUCGGUGAUGGUGGGUAUCCCUUGACGCCUUGGUUACUCACUCCAUACAGGGACAAUGGCAAUCUUACUGCUGAUCAAAGAAACUACAACCGUCGUCUGUCCAGUAACAGAGUUACCAUUGAAAGAGCGUUUGGCCUCUUAAAAGGUCGAUUUCGCCGAAUGAAGUAUCUAGCUACGACAGAAAUAGAAACAGCACUGGAAAUCAUCAUGGCAUGCUGUGUGCUUCACAACAUAUGCAUUCUGCAAUCUGAUCCUGUUGGGGAAUUCCUGCAGCCUGAUAACAACGUGGUGAACAAUAUGUUUGUUCAUGUUCCUCAAAUACCCAAUGGAGGUGUUUUUAAAAGGAACCUUGUGGCAAGCAAUCUGCCCAGAUGA